AUGCAAAGACGCUGUGGACGACCGCAAAGGCGCGUGUUCGCGGAGAGUGCGCCGCAUCUCACCUUCGACAAUGUCCAUGUCGCCAACUCGCUCGACGUCGGGGGUCUCACCACCUUUUAUAUCCGCCGAGAUGUAUAUCUGUCUUUCUUUGGCGAGCUCAAUGCUCACACCGCCCCUGACGUCAACAUGAAUUCAGCAGAUUCUUCCCGUGCUCUUACGGAUGCAGCUGAUGAAUCCGACUCAAGAGCCCUAGUUCCCCACAUCGACCGUCCUGCCUCUCAGGUUUCAGUCCGCGCCAGCCAUCAAGUGAACAGCCCAGAAGUGAUUGAGAUGCCGUCCACCAUCGACGAAGAAACUGGGAUUUCAUCGCAGGCGUCGAGUGAAGAAAUGACCGACCCAGUUCAGCAAUCGCUGCCACUCGCUGUCGUUCAAUUCAUCACGUUUGAAGAGCGCGAGCUCAUUGUGUUGCAAGAAAUUCAAAUAUAUGGCCUUGACGAUCCCACCCUCGAACGUGUGGCGUCGAGGUACUGGCAUGAACAUUGCCUCCUCUUUAAUGCACGCUCUCGAUCCAUGUUGCCUACUGAGUGUUUGGCGGAAGCUCUUGAAGAUGAUGAACACAUUAUCCUCGUUGCACCCCAAGCAGACCAAGACAGAUGUCUAUCGCAGUUGAACUCUCGCAGGAAAAGACGGGCUAGUCCGGAGGUAAUAGACCCGCGGCCGCGUAAGUUUUUUGUAGUACCACCGGUGUAG